CUCCCCUUUUUCAACAAUUUUCUUUUCAUCGUCGGAACUCUCGGGUUUGGCGACAUAUCUGGAUUCUUUUCUUCUACGAGCUGGUCCUGACCCAGAACUGUCAAGACAACCAUACAGUCCCGUCUGUUCUCUUUUGCGUCGAAGAUCUCCGCCGAUAUUUACUCAAAACCAUGCCCGGAAAGGUCCUGCCUACGUUCACACCGGCCGAGGUCGCGGCGCACAACACAGAGAAGUCCUGCUAUGUCACGCUGGGCUCCAAGGUCUACGAUGUGACCUCCUUCGUGGACGAUCACCCCGGUGGCGGAGAUCUGAUCAUGGAAUACGCCGGAAAAGAUGUGUCGGAGAUCAUGCGCGAUGUUGUAUCCCAUGAACACACGGACGCUGCUUAUGAGAUCUUGGACGAAUGCCUCGUGGGCUUCGUCUCAUCGGAAUCGACCGCGAAGAGCAUGGCUAAUGGAGGAGCGCCGGCGACGGGGGUAGAACAAACAAACGGCCAAGUUGACUCGCGACCUGUCUAUGCCACUGGCAUGUCUAGGGAAGAGGACCUAUCUGUGGAUACGGACCCGGUAGCAGAUUACCGCACUCACAAGUUUCUCGAUCUGAAUAAGCCGCUUUUCCCGCAGUUGUGGUACGGCGGUUUCACCAAGGAAUUUUACCUGCAACAAGUCCACCGUCCUCGCCAUUACAGAGGAGGGGAAUCUGCGCCUUUGUUCGGGAACUUCCUGGAGCCGCUCACCAAGACUGCCUGGUACUGCGUGCCAAUUAUUUGGUUCCCGGCCGUUACGUAUGGCACGUUCAUCGGUUCGACCGGGUUCACGAACGUGGUCGAGCCUGCCGCGUACUGGAUUCUGGGAUUGUGUAUCUGGACACUGGUCGAGUAUGGAAUGCAUAGGUUCCUGUUCCACAUUGACAAGUACCUGCCCGAUAACCGUGUUGGAAUCUCGCUCCACUUUGUCCUGCAUGGCAUCCACCACUACCUUCCGAUGGACAAGUAUCGUCUUGUUAUGCCGCCAACUUUGUUCCUCAUUCUUGCCACUCCAUUUUACAAGCUAGCCCAUGCCGUUUUCUCCUACAAUUGGUACGCGGCUGUGAUGGUAUACUGUGGUGGUAUCUUUGGAUAUAUCUGCUACGAUAUGACGCACUAUUUCCUCCACCAUCGCAACCUCCCCCUUUACUACAAGGAGCUGAAGAAGUAUCAUCUCCAGCACCAUUUUGCCGAUUUCGACAACGGCUUUGGUGUCACGAGUCGUUUCUGGGAUAGAGUCUUUGGUACGGAGCUCGAGACCCCGCCUCCGAAGGAGGUGAAAACCCAGUAGGUACGGGCAGCUCGAAUGGAGGUCGCUG